AUGAUUGAAGAGUGGGCAAGUCGCCAGUGGACACCAAGGUAUUUUACUGAUCAACUAGGUGAUUUGCCUGUGAAGGUUAAAAUUGGACCGAACGCAGCUACUAUUUCGUCCAAUAAUCCAAUCUUAGAAACCGAUUGUUGUUAUGAAGUAUGCACGAUGCAAGAAUAUAAUCAAUGGUUGAACAAAGACCCGAAUUGUGGCAAUUUAAAUCAGUACGAUCCUGAUUUAUGUUGGUGUUAUGUAGAUUAUCAGUACAUUGCACUUACCUUUCAAGCAUAUCCAGAAAUUCCACAAAGUAUUGAUUGGAGUAAGUUUGGAUUGAAUGGACGCAAAGGUGAUCAGUCGACUUUCUGGAUGGGCAGCAAGGGUGCAAGUACACCUUGUCAUUACGAUAGUUAUGGCUGUAAUCUCGUUGCGCAAUUAUAUGGUAGGAAAAAGUGGUUAUUGGUAGCUCCUGAUGAAUCCCAAUACAUGUAUCCUAUCAGAGUGCCGUAUGAAGAAUCAUCCAUCUUUAGCGCUGUCAACAUGAAAUCUCCCAACCUUGUGUCGUACCCUAAGUUUGCCAAUGUGACGAUCUACGAGGUGAUCUUAGAACCUGGCGACGUCUUAUUUGUGCCCAAGUAUUGGUGGCAUGAUGUAGAGUGCUUGGAAACAGCAAUUAGUGUUAAUACCUGGAUCGCUCUACCUUCCGACGGUAUGGAUCGUCUGUGUGAAGCAGUGACAAAAACUGUUGUAUUUGCUUUAAAAUCCGCGGAAGGAAAUAAAAUUACGCAAUGGCUGAAUCCGUCAGAGGUUCCAACAAGUUACCAGACAAACAUUGGUUACCUUAAGAACUCAUUGGAACAACUAAUGCCAAAAUUACAUACAGACUUUCCCAAUUUGUAUAAAGACGAUUUAUUAGACAGAGUCAUUAAUUCUUUGCUAUCACCGGACCUGAUCAAAGUAGCAGCAGAAAGGAUUAUUUCCUCGUUUACUGCUAGUAACGAUUAG